CGUUUCUUUUCAUCUUCAAACCAGCUCACUUAUGGUCUUAAAAUGGGUUAUAAAAUUAAGGCAAUAAGAGAGAGACUAGAUGCCAUUGCAAAAGAUAGUCAAAAUCUUCAGUUGGGUGUCCGACUUGAAGACAAGGGCUUUAGGAGUAAGUUAAGGGAAGAGACUGAUUCGUUUGCACCUACAAUUGUAGUUGGAAGGGAAGAUGAUAAGGCGGCAAUCCUAAAACUUCUGUUGACUUCCAAUGAUGAAGAGAAUGUUUCUGUCAUCUCCAUAGUUGGAAUUGGGGGAUUAGGGAAGACCACAUUAGCUCAACUCAUAUUCAAUAAUGAGUUGGUUCAGACACAUUUUGACUUGAGGUUAUGGGUAUGUGUGUCAAAUCCUUUUGAUGUAAAAGUGAUUGUUAAAAAGAUUUUAGAGUCUGGAACAGGUGAAAAACCAGAUAAUCUUGAGUUGAAUACAUUGAAAGAUAGCCUAGGUAAAAUUAUUAAUGGUAAGAAAUAUCUACUUGUGUUAGAUGAUAUUUGGAGUGAAGAUCAUGAAAAAUGGGAUAGAUUAAAGAAGUUUUUAAGCAUUGGUGCUAGUGGAAGUAAGAUAAUAGUAACAACCCGUUCCACAAAAGUUGCAGAGCUAGUAAGUACGUCGCAACCAUAUGUUUUAAAUGGUCUAUCUAACCUGGAGUCUUGGUCUUUGUUGGUAAAGAUUGUGUUCAAGGGCAAAGAACCAAAGAACCCAAGUGUAGUAGAAAUUGGUAAGGAGAUUGUUGAGAAAUGUGUUGGAGUCCCUCUAGCAAUAAAGACAAUAGGGAGUGUACUGUGCUUUAAAAAUCCAGAAACUGAAUGGUUGCCUUUCAUGAAAAAUGAACUUUCAAAAAUAGUUCAAAAUGAAACUGAUAUUUUACCGACACUUAAGUUGAGUUAUGAUCAUCUUCCAUCAAAUUUGAAGCAUUGUUUUGCAUAUUGUAGAUUGUUUCCAAAAGAUUAUAGGAUUUGUGUAGAAACAUUAAUUCAUCUUUGGAUUGCACAAGGAUUUGUUGAGUCUUCAAAUUCAAGUCAAAGUCUUGAAGACAUUGGGCUUGAAUAUUUUAUGGAUUUGUUAUGGAGGUCUUUCUUCCAAGAAAUAGAAAGGGAUGCAUUCGGUAGAAUACAGACUUGCAAAAUGCAUGACUUGAUGCACGAUCUUGCAACCUUGGUGGCUGGGAAUGAGAGUAUCAUGGUAGAUUCAAAUGUUAAAAGCAUUGAUGAGAAAACCCGUAAUGUGUCAAUUGACCUUGGUUCAAGGUCAAUAGGGGAAGUUCCUGCCUGCUUUCUUGGGGCAAAACAAUUACGAACAUUUUUGUUGCGAAGCCAAGAAAGAUUGGAGAAGUCAAACCAUAAGGUCAUUAUUUCAAAGUUUAGACGUUUACGUGUGUGUGAUCUACAUAAUGCAGGAAUUGAAGAAGUUCCAUAUUCCAUAAAAAAGUUAAAAAAUCUAAGGUAUCUUGAUGUUUCUGGAAAUAAAGGAAUUGUAACGCUUCCAUAUUCUAUUACUGAGCUGCGAAAUUUGCAAGUGUUGAAGCUCUCCAACUGCAUGUAUCUGAAGGAACUACCAAAGAAUAUGUGGAAGCUGGUCAAUCUUAGGCAUCUCUAUUGUAAGGGAUGUGUGCAUUUGACCCAUAUGCCAAUUGGACUCGGGGAAUUGACUUCUCUUCAGACCUUAUCAAUGUUUGUAGUGGCUAAAGAUAGUUUAGCGUCUAAUCACAAUGGUGGUUUGGAUGAAUUGAAGAGGCUAAACAACUUAAGGGGUCAGCUGGAAAUUUCAAAUCUGAGAUAUGUGGAAAAUGGCAUCUCAAAAUUUGAUGCUGCUAAUUUGAAAGCAAAGCAGAAUCUUAGAUCACUGACUCUGGAUUGGGGUACAGAUAAUUCUAAUGACAACAAUGAAAAUGGCAAUUAUGAUGAAAUGUCAUUGCAAAGCCUUGAGCCACACCUAAAUCUUAGAGAGAUAAAAUUGAGGUGCUAUGGAGGUUUGAGGUUCCCCAAUUGGCUCUCUUCUCUUACAAAUCUUGUGAACAUUUCCAUAGAGGAGAGCAGAAGAUGUCAGUACCUUCCUCCAUUUUAUAAGUUUCCUUUUCUUAAGAGACUAAGGAUCUUUGAUCUGGCUAACUUGGAGUACGUAGAAAAAACUGAGGGGGAAAAUUUCAUAGUAGGAAGCUCAACUUUCUUCCCAUCCCUAAAGGAGCUCCACCUUUUGGGGUGUCCUAAUUUAAAAGGAUGGUGGAAAAAUGGAAAUCACGAUAACGAUUUAGCCUAUUUUCCCUGCCUAUCUUCGUUGUCAAUCUAUAGUUGCCCCAAGCUGACAUGGAUGCCACCAUUUCCAUUUCUUGAUGAAGAACUAGAUUUGAAUAUUGUCAGUGCAGAAAUUUUAGAGCAAACGCUGAAAAUGAAGGUGCCAAUGACAAGUUCUUCCACUUCUUCAUCACUUGUCCAUCCUCUUUCCAAAUUAAAAAAAUUGAUGAUUAUGGAUGUUGAAGAUCUUGAAUCUUUACCAGAAGAGUGGCUGCAGAAUCUCACCUCUCUUGAAGAAUUGAGCAUCUGCGGUGUCCCAAUAUUAGCUCAUCUGGGUUUGAGUUGCCUAGUCUCGUUAAAAGAAUUGAUACUUCGGGAAUGUCUAAGUUUAACAUCCCUUCAAGGGAUGCAUUUCCUUACCUCAUUACAAUAUUUACAACUCUGGACAUGUCCGAGCUUAACAACUAUUCCCCAGGAAAUGUAUCAACUGUCUUCUCUGCAAACACUAAUUAUUGGAGAUUGUCCUCACCUGAGUGCAAAAUGUGGAAACCAACAUCGCGAUGAUUGGCCUAAAAUUGUUCACAUCCCAAAUAUUCGAAUCGAUUUUCUAGCUAUCCAAUUGGAGGGCUGCUAUGUGUUGGACGACCUGCUAGCUAUUCAGUUGGAGGGCUACACUGUGUUGGAUGACAAGUGAUCUUCUGUGUCUUUUUGUUGUUUCUUUCACUAUUUUCCAAUUUGUUAGUUUAAAUGACAAUUUUAUGUCUUGUGUUCUGCUGAGGAUAGUGAAUAAUGGGUUUUCAAUUUAGUACACGGUUAAUGAAGUAAAUUUAAUUAGUGAAGUUUUUCUGGUUACAUAAUUAAUGAAGUUGUUUUCUUCAA